AUGUUGGGACUUGCACCAGAGCCGGACGGCAAUGACGACAACGACGAAGACCAUGACUCUGAGCCAGAGAUAGAGAUGGACGGCUGUCUCUAUGAUCCCCGCACGAUGUUUGGGUUGGAAGAAGCGCCCAGCAAGCCGCCACAGCAGCAACGGCAGCAACAGCAACAGCAGCAGCAGCAGCCAAAGCAAACCGACACAUCACCCCACAAACCCACGCUCCGGCGCCCCUUGCCAGACGUACCCGUGCCGGCUCGCUCAUCCCGACACAUGCCACUCCCUCCAACCCCAAGCAAGUCGUCAUCAACACCGUCGCAGCCGUCGUCGGCGCGGUCGUCCACGGAUGCGGGCCCGCCCCCGCUCCCGGCUCGGCCCUCCCUCAGAAGGAAGAAGGCAGCUGCCACAACACCUGUGGCCAGCGACGACGCAGCGUCACUGCCCGGGUUCAUGGGCGCCAUCAACAGAGACAAGGCCGAAGCAACCCUGCGGAUGUACCCGCCCGGCGCGUAUUUGAUCCGCACGAGCAAGUCGGUCAACGGAUAUGUCAUCUCCGCAAACACAACACCGGGACGACACGUGCACGUCAAGGUCACUCGUACUCGAAAUGGCGGCGUGGCAACGCUCAAUGCGUUCCUUGUCUUCAACACCCUCGUGCAGACGGACCAGAGCUUCCCUGACAUGCCAACGCUGGUAUCCUUCUACAAGGAGCACACCAUCCACAGCGGCAUCGCGCUCGGUGUCCCCGUGCAAACACACUAA